AUGAAGAGGGGUGGAGACGACGUCGGGGAGAAGCUUGAUGGGGCAAAGAAACCUGUAUUUCUCUCCAAAGCACAGCGAGAACAGCUUGCCCUUCAACGCCGCCAAGAGGAAGUAGCUCAACAAAAACGCAAAGCCGAACUUUUUCCUCAAAGCAACAAUGAAUCAAAACCCAUUUCUUCUUCCGACCGUGACCGUGACCGUGACUUGGACCGCCGGUCUUCACGUGACCAUGAUAGGGAUCGGGAACGGGAAAGGGAAAGGGAAAGGGAUGUGGAGCGAAGGAAUAGAGAGAAAGAGCGUGAAGAAGAGCAGAAGGCACGUGAGCGUGCUCGAUUGGAGAAAUUGGCCGAGCGAGAGCGUGAGGUUGAAUUGGCUGCUAUUAAGGAACAGUAUUUGGGGUCUAAGAAACCUAAGAAGCGGGUAAUUAAGCCUAGCGAGAAGUUCCGGUUCUCUUUCGACUGGGAGAAUACUGAGGAUACUUCUCGGGAUAUGAAUUCGCUGUAUCAGAAUCCUCACGAAGCUCGGCUACUCUUUGGUCGUGGUCUCCGGGCGGGAAUGGAUCGGAGGGAGCAGAAAAAGCUUGCGGCUAAGAAUGAGAAGGAGAUUCGUGAGGAGGUUAGGAAGAAAGAGGGUGUUGAUGAGACACGCGAGGAAGCUGCUGCUCAGAAGAAAAAGGACAAGGCUGCGGAUUUGUAUGAUACUUUUGAUAUGAGAGUGGAUCGCCAUUGGUCUGAGAAGAAGCUGGAGGAGAUGACGGAGAGAGACUGGAGAAUUUUCAGGGAAGAUUUCAAUAUUUCUUACAAGGGUUCGAAGAUUCCCCGCCCUAUGAGAAGCUGGAUUGAGAGCAGGUUGGGUCCUGAGUUGUUGAAGGCAGUGGAGAGGGCUGGCUACAAGACUCCAUCGCCAAUUCAGAUGGCUGCUAUUCCUCUUGGCCUGCAGCAGCGUGACGUGAUUGGCGUUGCUGAGACUGGUUCGGGUAAAACUGCUGCCUUUGUUCUUCCCAUGUUGACUUACAUCACCCGACUUCCUCCUAUGACCGAAGAGAAUGAGGCCGAGGGACCUUAUGCCGUUGUGAUGGCGCCUACUAGAGAGCUUGCUCAGCAAAUUGAGGAUGAGACUGUGAAAUUUGCACACUAUCUGGGUAUGAAGGUUGUUUCUAUUGUUGGUGGGCAGUCCAUUGAAGAACAAGGUUUUAGGAUUAGGCAAGGGUGUGAGGUUGUGAUUGCAACACCUGGGCGUCUUCUUGAUUGCUUGGAGAGGCGGUAUGCAGUUCUUAACCAGUGUCACUAUGUAGUUCUGGACGAGGCUGAUCGAAUGAUUGACAUGGGUUUUGAACCUCAAGUUAUGGGUGUAUUAGAUGCAAUGCCUUCAAGCAACUUGAAACCGGAGAAUGAGGAGGAAGAGCUUGACGAGAAUAAGAUUUAUAGAACAACCUACAUGUUUAGUGCUACCAUGCCGCCUGCUGUUGAGCGGCUGGCGAGGAAGUACUUGAGAAAUCCUGUUGUUGUUACCAUUGGCACUGCAGGAAAGACAACUGAUCUCAUUACUCAACAUGUUAUCAUGAUGAAGGAGAAUGAUAAACCGGGUAGGUUGAGGAAAUUGCUGGAUGAGCUUGGUGAUAAGACAGCCAUUGUAUUUGUUAACACAAAGAAGGUUGCUGAUAAUGUAGCCAAAAAUUUGGAUAAGGAUGGCUAUCGUGUGACUACACUGCAUGGGGGGAAGUCACAAGAACAGCGAGAAAUAAGCCUAGAAGGAUUUAGGACUAAGAGAUACAAUGUUUUGGUUGCCACUGAUGUAGCAGGUCGUGGUAUUGAUAUACCUGAUGUGGCACACGUCAUAAAUUAUGAUAUGCCUGGUAAUAUUGAAGCUUAUACCCAUCGUAUUGGGAGAACAGGACGUGCAGGGAAGACUGGUGUUGCCACCACAUUCUUGACUUUGCAUGAUACUGAUGUCUUCUAUGAUCUGAAGCAAAUGCUUAUUCAGAGCAACAGUCCUGUGCCUCCAGAGCUUGCCAGACACGAGGCUUCAAAGUUUAAGCCUGGUAGUAUCCCUGAUCGACCAGCCAGAAGGAAUGACAUGGUUUUCGCUCAUUGA